AUGGCGAUCAACCGAAAGAGAUCCAAGUCUGAGGCUGAAGGGAAGCUGAGCUGCGACAAGCCCGCUCCCUCCAUCGACUUCAACGAUGCCCCACUCAAUCCAGCUGAUGUCAUUUCACUACCAAAGGAUGAAGAUGAUCUCGAAACGCUAGUUGAGAAGAUCAGUGCCCUGGCGGAAGUCGUUUCCCACAACCGCAGUCUAGCCGUCUGGACGGGCUUUGCAGCCACGCCGAAUCCCCAAAGAGACCCUUUUGCCAUCGCCAAAGCAGAGGCGGACACAAGGGAGCUAGCACUGUUCAACCGUUUCGAUGAGAUUGGCCGACGGCUACCCGCAUCCAGGCACUUUGACGUCCUGAAGAACGUCAAGCCUUUGGAAAAGGAAAACAAAAAGACGGCUGCACGGUACGAGGACAUGGCCUCGUGCGUCGACGAGAUCUUUGGGACCCAGGGCGCCAUCAAAGAAAACGUGUGCUGGAUCGUGGAGAACAUGGACGCCAUGCUACCCCUCGUCAAGUUUUAUCUAAGAGUAAAGCGGGCGCGAAGGAACCUUUUGGGGGGCCAGGAGAGCCUGACGAGUAACGAGCUGGCCGAGUACCAGACGGUUCGCAAGAUUCGGAGUGUCCUGGGGGUGAAGAUGCAGAAGUGCCGCACCGGGAAGCAGUCUGACAAGCGACUAAGGGGGUAUGAUAUCCUGUUGUUAAGACGGCAGAAUCUGACCUCUCCUGUCUUGAAGUGUCAGCGGGAGGGCCAAAUGAGGACGGAGGGGGCGAGGGAGGUUGAGCAGAUCCGCGUCAAGCGUCAACGUUGCACAGCAUGA